UGAUCCUUCACCAACCAUUAGAAAAGCGAUCAAACCUCACCCUCUCUUUUCUCUCUCUCUCUCUCACACACACUCGAAUCUUCUCCUAUUUAGUUUUCAUUUAUACAAAAAAAAAAAAAAAAAAGACAGUAUCCUAGGAUGCCAAUUUUUUGUGGUGUAUAAUAGCUCAAACACAAGAAACAAGCCAUAAUAUGGAGAAACUGAUCCUAGAAGAAAACCAAAACCAAAACCAAAUUUCAAAGGCAAAGUCAUCAUCAUCAUGUGUUUUGGACAAUAGUAAAUUGUGGGAUUGUGGCAGCACACUCUAUGACUCAUUCGAGCUCAACUCCUUCAAACGCCAACUUGACUCAGCUAUAGCUAAUUGUCCCAGAACCCUUUCAAUGUCUCAUUUACCUGAACGUCGAUUCCCACUUCAGCCGUUGCCAGAGCAACAACCACCAACUUCAUCUAUCAUAUCCAAAAAGCCCUUCAAGAUCUCACGCUCCCUUCAGAAAUUCCUUCGCUCAUUUUUCAAGUCUUCCAGCAAUAAAUCCACAAUCUCUAGCACCAACAACAACACAGCACUACUACAAGUUUCCAAAGUGCCAGACAAAAACUCCAAAGAGCGUUUCUACGUGCUUUAUGAUAAGUCUGGACCGGUUCUCUCCACCAUCCCCGAGGUUCCAGAAUUUGAGAUCGGUGCACUUUCGCCGGAAAUCUCUUCCUUGGUCAGAAGGUCAGCUUCGGAGCGGUUCACCGCCACCGCAAUCGGUAUUUCGUGCACUUAGGAGAAAUGGCUCUAGUUUUCUAGAUGUUAAUUAAUUUAUUAUUGUAAAUUAACUUUGUUAGAGUCGUAACGUAUCAAUUAGACUAUGUAAAUUAGCGUGUGUAAGAUUUUAGUUUUAAGUACAUAGUUCUGAUGCAAUUUUAUUUUUUUUUGUUUAAUGUUUCAACUUUGAAUCAUUGAUCGCUUAGGAAUCUGCAACCUUAUGU